CAUUAUUUGUUUUUCUCUCUAAAAUUAGGCCAAUCAAACAUGGCUCCCCCGCUUUUCUCCACGCUCAUCUGCCUCGUCACCGUCGUCGUCGCCGCCCAACCCAAAGACGACGACGCGUCGUACUACGACCGAUGCCGGCCCUUCGCCUGCGGAGGCAUCAACUUCUCGUUCCCCUUCUCGGACGCCGAAACCUUCGGCACCGGCCGCCUCGACUGCGGCCUCCCCCACUUCCAAGUCUCCUGCGACUCCUCCGGCCACCCCGUCCUCGACCUCCCCGGCACUCGCUACCAGGUACGAACUCUCUACCCGGGCCACGAUGAGCGCGCCCUCACCGUCGUCAACACCCAGCUCAUCAAGGACCUGAACGCCAGCUCCUGCGAUUCGCUCCAGAACCUGACCGUCCCGAGCUCCGGAGUCAAGAUCGCCAACCUCAGCCUCCCCCCUCAGUGGCGCUUCUACCUCACCUUCUUCGUGUGCGCCUCGGGCAUCGCGCUCUCCCGCGAGCUCGCCGACUGGACGGUGGUGAAGUCGAGCUGCGAAGCCUCGGAGCUUUAUCUGUGGAUGAACCGAUCGAGCGAUCCGUCGAUCGAUUCCGAUUACUCGUACGCUGGAAAGACGCCCCUUGGGUGUAGGCUCGUGGAGGUGCCUGUGUCCGAUGUCCUCGGUUUACGGAGCAGUGGAUUUAUGAACAAAAGCAAUGACGCUAGGUGGAGCGACGUUCUGGAUCUGAUGAGGGAAGGAUUUCCUCUGGUGUGGUCCGCGAUCCCGGAUUGCGACGGCUGCGAACUGAGAGGCGGUCGGUGCGGAUUCGACGCCGCCGGUUCGGGAAAAGUCGUCUGCUUUUGCGGCGGCGGCUGUAAGAAGCCAGACAAGACCAACCUCAUUAUCGGUUGUGCAUUGGGAAGCGCUUCUCUUGUCCUCCUUAUGACCUUACUAUACGUUUUUAAGAAAAGAAUUCCGUCAGUCCAGGAGACAUCCUGUUUUGGCAAAGAUGAAACUGCAGAAGAGAGGGCAAAUGCAGAUCAAUUCAUAAGAAAUUAUCAGUCAACCUUAUUGACCAAGUACUCAUACAAGGACAUAAAGAAGAUGACUAACGCCUUGAAGGAGCGAUUGGGUGAAGGUGGAUAUGGUACUGUCUACAAAGGGAGGCUGCCGGACGGGCGACCCAUCGCCGUCAAAAUGCUCGACAAGUCCAGCAACAACAGCCAGGAGUUCAUCAACGAAGUUGCAACCAUAGGCACGAUUCACCAUGUUAAUAUCAUCCGUUUGCUCGGUUUCUGUUUAGAAGGUUCAAAACGAGGUCUAAUCUAUGAGUACAUGCCCAACGGGUCUCUAGGAGAUUUGCUGCAUAAAGAAGGGCCGAACCUCUCUUUGGCGACAGAAAAGCUGCUCGAAAUUGCUAUAGGCGUUGCCCUUGGAAUUGAGUACUUGCACAAGGGUUGUAGCUCGCGGAUAUUGCAUCUCGACAUAAAGCCCCAUAAUGUUUUGCUCGACCAGAACCUCAACCCGAAAAUCUCUGAUUUUGGGUUGGCGAAAAUGUACUCCAGGAAUAAAAGUUUCAUAACCAUGACAGGUGCUAGGGGGACGAUUGGAUUCAUUGCUCCUGAAAUAUUCAUGAGAAAUCUGGGAAAUCCUUCUCAUAAGUCCGAUGUCUACAGCUUUGGAAUGCUGUUGCUCGAGAUGGUUGGCGGGAGGAAACAUGAAGACAUGAAGGGAACCGCAUCGAGUGAAUCGUAUUUUCCGGGCCGGAUUUACGACGAAAUUAGUGAAGAAAGAGCACAGGAAUUCGGCGAUCUCGUGGAAGAAGAAGAAGUUGCCGUGUCAAGAAAGAUGGUUAUGGUAGGUUUGUGGUGUAUUCAGAUAAAUCCGAAGGAUCGACCCUCGAUGACGCAAGUGCUGGAAAUGUUGAUGGGUAGCUCGACAAGCAUUCCAAUGCCUCCGAAGCCGCAGUUCUUUUCUCCUCCUCGCGCACAGGUCGAGCCUGGAAGUUCCUCCACAGAUGCAGACGCUAGCAUUGUACCCCUCACACUGGAUAGUCAAGAAAUGUAGCUGAUCAACAGAGUGAUUUAUCUCUCUGCCAAAGCACAUUUGAAAAUGGCAUAUGAUAGCAUCAACCUUAAUACUCAAAUGCGAAUAUAGGCGUCAACAUAGGAUAGAAAAGGAAGGAUUGAAGGAAGUUGCAGAGAAGAAAGUGAGGUUUGUAUGAGCCACACCAGAAACCUCAAGAAAAGGACAUUCUCUGUGUUUGGUUCUGAGAAAUAUUGAGGGACCCUGCCGCGGCCCUCGCCUUAAGAAGAUGGAACUACUCGGUGAUUCGCUCUUACUGCGUAAGAUUCGGAGACAUUAGACGAUUGAUUACUCUCCUUAAUAAAGUAUGAGUUCAU